AUGGAGUGUCUUGUUGAGGUGGCUGCGAUCGUCGCGGGGUGGUUUGGGCGACUCGCCGAGGCGGCUGGAAAAAACCGACGACCGAUCGCCAUCGCCAUCGCCCUCAAGCUGCUAACCCCGGGUCCGCUGACCCUCUCGACUGGUUGUACGACAACACCAUUUCAAUGGACAUGUGAACAGGUCGCCGCGCGGCUGGGGCAGGCUGGCUUCAAGUGCGGAAAGUCGACUGUCAGUGACUGGGCUCAACUCCACGCGGGCCACCGCGAACUGAUUCAGUCUGGAACGCUGGAUGAAGUGAUCGAGCUGGCGCGGUCCACCCGCACGAAAGGCCGACCACCCAUCUUUACCGAUCACGAAGUUGAUGCAAUUAUCAAUUUAUUGGAAGCGUUUGCUCGCGCGUCAUGCUGUCUGACGAAAGCGCAGGCCGCCAAGUACUUGAAACCGUGUUCUGAAACAACUUCUUUCGACGGCUCACCAAGGCGGGCGUUUGUCCAAGACACGCCUAGCCGGUCCUGGUGGGCCACCUUUUUGAAGCGAGCGAAGGGACGCGUCAGGCUUCGAAAGGGCCGUGUGCUGGAAGUGUGCCGGGCUGCAGCGCUGACACCCGACAAUCUCGGGACUCUCCCGAGUCAACUCAAACAGGCCUACGAUCAACAUCCUCUCCUUACCGUCGAGCCGAGCCGCGUCAGCAACUUUGACGAGAGCGAGAUUUCUUCUCGCGUCAAGGGAUCGACUGUAUUAGGGGCAUCGUGGGGUCGUGUCGCGCUCGUUGGCGGUGGGCACAACAACAGCCUCGGACGGCACAUCACCGGCGUCUUCUUGGUGUGUGCCGAUGGAACUGCGCCGCUCCCUCCCAUGCUGAUUUUUACGAAGGGUACGAACGUCGCGACGGUUUGCCAACACGUUCCCAUUGACGCCUGCUCUACCGCAACGACCGAGAAGGGGUACAUGACCUCAGACUUGUUCAAAACUUAUCUGCGCGAGUGGCGAAGCUGCAUGCGAGAAAGACACCCGUCAGGCCCGCUGCUUUUGAUCAUGGAUGGCUCAUCCACGCACAGCCUCGAGCACGAUUUGGUGGCCGAGUUUUUCUACGAUCAAAUUCAGAUUCUUGUCUUGCCCGCGCACACGAGCACUGAGACUCAGCCACUCGAUCGCACUGUGUUUGGCUACUUCAAGCGUCAGUUACAAGCAGAGUAUGCGAGCGCGAUUGCAGCUGGCGUCUUUGCCUCGGACGACCAAAUGCGAGUGCAUUGCGCUCUGAAUGCGUGGUACAAGAUUUCGCAAAAUACAGCCGUCAUCACUGCUGGAUUUAAAAAGACUGGAAUCUGGCCUUUGGACAAGAAUGCAUACUGCGAGUGGGUGGUGAGCCCGGACCAUGCGAGCAGAACUGAAUCACUCAUAGGAAAAGAGGCCUUGGCUGCGCUCGUCCAGCCAGUUUCUGCAACGCCCACAGACACGGCGAGCGUCCCCAAUCUCCUGUCGACUCCAACGCUGCCCGUCGUCGAGAGUGCCGAGAUAUCCCACCCCACACCGCCUUUGCCCUCGGUGGAGAGCGGGUAUGCCAGCGUCCCAGACCCUGCUCCCUCGCUUUCGCCGGUGCGUUUGAUAUUCAAGAAGGCUCGCCUAAUCCUCGAUGAUGCCGAUGUUGAACUUGCAGCUGGUCCCAGUUCCGAGGCGCUAGAACGAGAUGCACUCAGUCACGUUGGCAAACUUCGCGAGUUGCUGAGCGUCCCCAUCACCGUCGAUGAUAUCGUGCAGCGUGCUUCCUAUUCCCUCGCAAUUCAAACCAGCACUACCUACAAGCACAAGCAUACGAAAGGCGCGUAUCUGGCGAUUACCGAGGAGGCAAUGCAGCGGGCGAACGCAAAAAAACUGCAAGAACAAACGAAGAUUGCGCAGGAGAUGACUCGAUUGAUGAACCGGUCACGUACCAUGGCUGCCGAGGCCGCCGCCGAGCACGCAAAAUUUGCUCUGACACGGAGAAUCAGUGCACUGCAGACUGAACUCGCCGCCGCCGCCGAGUUGCAAGACCCUUUGCGCGAAGCAGAGCUCGCCCAAGCUCGCAACGAGCUGGCCGCACUUCAAGCUUCAACUCCGAAACGUACUCGAGCCCCUGUUGCUCGUACUCAAACUCCCGCUCGUGCCCGACAGAUUGCUUUGCGUCAAUCAGAGCAAGUUUUGUCGCACCUGUUGCUGCAAAUCCGACUGAGAGCCUGCCCUCGCCGUCGCUCCCCAUCCUGA